AUGCGACCGCCACGCCUCCUUCUGGUUCUCUUCUGCCUAAUCUUCUUUCCCAUUUUCGUCACCUUCUUUUCCGCGCUUUCAUCAUCCAAUGUAGCCAGUCCUGAUACACUCGGCGGCUCGGCGUCCGGAUUACACGCGCUAUUUUCCUUUAAUAUACCAACUUCGCUUUUCCCCCCUUCAGCGAUUAUCAGCUUAACCGAUGACAACUCGACUUUCUUCUUAGCCCGCCCCGCCGCCUUCGGCCCGCUGCUGCCAGGAAAAAGCCUUAGUGGCCAGCUUUGGGUGGGAAGUGGAUUUGGUGCAGGGGGGUUGGCUGUUGGUGUCGAGGGCGAGUUGGGUUGCUCUGAUAUUCCCGGCUGGGGCGAAGGGAGCGGCCACAAUCAGCCCGAAAUCCUCCCCAGGGGCACAGAGCAGAAAACAGGCAAAUCAGGAAGUGGUACAGCAAAAGAGGGGAAUGUGUUACAGAACUCUCGAUCGCCAAUACAACCAGAUACCCGGCAGAAUGAGAAGGGCGAUGCUGCAGUUUCCCACUCAUCGAGCGACGGCACCGACGACCAUCUUCACCAUCCCUUGUCGGAAUCCAGUGCAUCGGAAGUUGGAACAUCCCAAAAGACUGGAGACUACGUUCAAUCCAAACAGUCUAUGCAUGCAGACAUCCAGUCAUUACAAGAAACUGCCGAGAUCCAGGGCAAAGUCGCGUUGCUGAGUCGAGGUGGAUGCGGAUUUCUUGAAAAAGUGAAGUGGGCUCAACGCCGAGGAGCUGUAGCAUUGAUUGUUGGCGAUGACACUCGCGGUGGGAGCUUGGUUACCAUGUACGCCCGAGGCGACACGUCCAACGUUACAAUCCCUGCCCUGUUCACUUCUCAUACAACUGCCCACCUUCUUUCGUCUUUGAUACCAGCCCAUGCCGCCUCAAGUGUUGGAUUAGAUGAGACAAUGAAGUCUCUUGCAGCAAACUUGGCUGGUCAGUUGAAUGCCGAUACUCAAAAGGCGACCACGACCACUGCUGCGGCGGUCAGCUCGACCCCCUCGUUUACAAAAGCCUCUACAAGCAAGGAGCGACCAACCGCUGCCGUGAAGUCCGGCGGUGGCUUUUUCCGUACUCUGGGAUCUAUCUUCGGGAUAUGCAAUAAGUUUGGUGGCUCAAGCAUCGAAGAUAGCCGGCGUCCGCCCAGCAGUGGUAAUAUUGACUGGAUGACCGGGGAUAUAACCGAGGCUCAAGUAGAGCGAACCAAAGGCUCGCUAACAUUUGGUUCACGGGAUCAGGGCAAAUCCAAUGAUGUUCCGGUUGGUAAUAAACCUGGGCUUGUCGCAGACAGCUUUGAGGCCGACAGUUUUGUAAUUGGGGUUCAGGACUGGAGAGAUCCUGAUCUGAUGCCCCCACGAAGCAGUGAUAUACUCACACAUACUACUUAUACGACUGGGAAAGAUGCAUCCAAGACAUUUUCUCCAGAGUUGGAUGCAAUUUCCUCCAAUGCUUUGCAAGGGGGUAGCAUUACACCUGGAAGUGGAGAAUAUCAAAGCAUUGACAGGAGUACCGGAAAGUCCCACGAUGCGCUAAUGAAAGAAUCCGAGAAAGACAUUCAUAAAAACACUCAGAAGUCCGAGUCAUCUGGAAAAAGUUGGUUCUCUAGUCAUUUUGGUUGGGGUGAUGACCCGAAGCCAAAUGUCGAACCUUCUACUUCCCCCUCAGUUCAGACUGUUGUCACCAAUCAGAAGAAUUCUAUUGCAGCACCUUCAAGUCGUCCGGCGACCAUGUUCGCCGAGCAUGAAGGUCUCUGGGUGACCCUGACUCCGACUAGCAUGUCGACAAGCCCAUUUUUCGACACACUUCUGGUUCUUGUGAUCAGCCCGUUGUUGACUCUGACAGUGGUGUAUGCCUUGUUGCUGCUCCGAUCCCGCAUGCGUCGACGCCGCUGGCGCGCUCCGAAGUCCGUUGUAGAACGUCUUCCCGUUCGAACCUACCACACAAUCUCGGCUAGUUCUUCAUCCUCCAGCUCUCCCCGACCUUGCAGCCCCGGGGCGGCCCUGCCGACAUCUCCCCUCCUUAACAGUGAACGUCGACCUAGCACAUCUAGACUAUCCUGCUCGCGUUCUCAAACCAUUGCUGGCGCAAUACCGGAAGAGAAGCACACAAAUAUACAGUCAGGCUCAACUUUAUGGCGAAGCAAGUAUACUGGAAGACAAGUCGAGUGCGUUGUCUGCCUUGAAGAGUACAUUGAUGGGCAGAGUCGAGUGAUGAGUUUACCGUGUGGUCAUGAAUUCCACGCAGAAUGCAUCACUCCAUGGCUUACUACUCGUCGACGAACCUGCCCUAUAUGCAAGGGCGACGUCGUUCGCUCGAUGGCACAUUCGCAGGGCGAGGAUAAUUAUAACCAGAAUGAACAAAGUGAUGCCCUUGGCAAUACAGAAGUAGCGUCUUCAGAAGAUGCAUCGUCUGCACCUCUUCUCAUUGCAGGCAUCAACGAUGAUUCUUCUGAUAUUGAGAAUCACCCCGGCCCUCUUGAUGGUCGCUCAACCUCUGCACCCGCACGUCAGUCAAGCUGGAGAAAUUUAGCUUCGCUCAGCCUCUCUGCCCUUAGCGGUGAUACGAUCUGGCACCAAGCACGUGCUGAUCGGAACCGUUGA